UUGUGGAGAGAAUUUGUGCACACGGGAGUAACUGUUGUUUUUUUGAGACGUCGUUUGUUUUAUUUAUGCCUUGACUAAAAUGGAUGUAGAGCCCAAAAGAAGCUCAGAAAAAUCUUGUGCAUCUCUUCUGGAAAGUGACGAUGAUGAAGAAUCAGGAGCAGAGAGCUUCCUCACAGAUGAGGAGAUGGCUUAUCAACAGGGACUCGAUCCGGCUGAGGAUUUAGAUGACGAGCAACAAGAUGCAGAAGAGCCAAACACCUCUAGGAGAGAUCAUGGACAUGGGCAGCCUAAAGAACGAUCUCAUUCACCACACAACAGGGCCCAGGGAGCCAGGUCCAGGCAAGCACAGGGUUCACCAAGAGACCAGAAAAAAUCCAGAUCCAGAUCUCCGCUGGAGGCACGCCCACAGCCAAAAUACUCAGCUGCCUCCUGGAAAUCUGAGACAGAACCUGAUGUACAUCCAGAGCCAAUGAAGUUUGCCCCAGCAAGACCUCCUGGUCAUCAACUGAACUCAAACACUAUAUACACUCCACUGGACCUUUUCAAACUGUUUUUCAGCAAUAGUGCAGUUCAGACCAUUUGUCAAAACACAAAUAAACAAGCUGCUAAAAACAUUACAAAAGGCAAAAAAUAUUCUUGGACUGACAUCAACAACAAGGAGUUUUUCAAGUAUGUGGGACUGAAUUUCUUCUUAUCUUUGGUGAAAAUGGAUACUAUCCAGGAUUACUGGAAAAAGAAUACUAUUUUCAGUGUGCCAUUUCCAGCCAAAGUGAUGCCACGGGACAGGUUCAGGGCGAUAUCUUGGAACAUCCACAUGAGCGAUCCUGAGAAAGAUGCUGAGAACGACAGAAAGAAGGGAACACCAGAAUAUGACCGGCUGUUUCGACUGAAGCCCCUUAUGGACACCUUCAAAGACGCUUGCAGAGCAUUUUACCAUCCUAGGCAGAACCUUUCAAUUGACACGAGAAUGGUGGCAACAAAGGGCCGAAAUGUAAUGCCAAGAAAUACCAAAGCCAAGCAGAAAUUCAAAUGCUUUGUUUUGGCAGACAGCAGCAAUGGCUACACCUUGGACUUUUCUGUGUACACAGGAAAGUCACAGUUUGCCCCAGGUGUUGGACUUGCAUAUGACUCUGUCAUGUCCCUGAUAAAGUCAACAUACCUGGGCAGCGGCUUUCAUCUGUUUGUGGAUGAUUUCUACACCAGUCCAAAACUCUUCAAUGAUCUGUUUAGCCUGAAUAUCGGAGCAUGUGGCACAUACAGAGACAAUAGAAGAGGAUGUCCCCGCACAGACUCAAAUGCUCUGAAGAAAAAUGAUCCUACAGGCACCAUCAGGUGGAUCCGUGACGGUCCACUGGUUUUUGUGAAGUGGAUGGACACUCGUGAGGUGUCUGUCUGCUCUACAGUCCACGAGGCAUUCUCACAAAGCACUGUGCACAGGAGAAUGAAAACUAAGAAUGGCAACUGGACCACCAAAUCCAUCCCAUGCCCAACACCAGUUAUGGAAUAUAACAAGCAUGUGGGAGGGGUUGAUUUGUCUGACCAGCUGAUCCAGUCCUACUCCGUACAUCACAAGAGCGCGCGCUGGUACCGGACAUUGUUCUUCCACUUCCUUGACAUUGCAGCCACAAACAGCUUCCUGCUGCACAAAGAGCUCUGCGGAGAGAAGCAGGAGGAACCUAUGACCUACAAGGCCUUCCUGCUGGAGCUGACAGCCCAGAUGUGUGGCGUCACAGCCGUGGUCCCUCCUGCGCAGGGACACAGUGGCCACUUACCCGUGGCAAUCUCUGAUCAACGUGAUGCAAGCAAGAAGGCCACAUAUGGACGCAGGAACUGUGUAAACUGCAAGGAGAAAAGGGGGGGGAGGCAGGUAACCCCCUGGAAGUGCAUGGAGUGUGAUGUGGCCCUCUGUCUAAUCCUAGACAGGAACUGCUUUCGGGAUUGGCACAAUAUGUGCAGACUAACUUGGAACGAUGUUUGGGCGCUGUUUGGAAGUUGAUGGACGGUAUUCUGUGAUGGAGCAUCAUUGCAUCUCGCCAAUAAAGGGGUUAAAAUUAACGUGUUCAGCUGGUUAUUGUGUUCAGAGCUGGAGCUGUCAAAUACCCGUGACUAAAACAGAUUCAAUUCGGUUGUGAGUGCUGAUUGUAGCCUUCCCAUCACAUACAAAACCAAGAUAUUAACGGGUGUUAGUGGGGGGUUUUGUGCGGUGAUAAAGGGGCUAUAGCGAUAAUAUAAUAGGAGCAGGAGAGCCACACAUUUCGCAUUUAGGGUAAAGCAAAAUACUUUUGUUAAGGUUGUGUCCUUAUGAUAUAUUUCUUCUUGUAUGACUGUCUAAUUUGGGUACACCAUGACUCUAGGCAAAAAACAGGACAUCUUCACUUUUCCAAUAUUUAACCAAAACCAUACAAGUUCCCUAAUGUUGUAAUGUGAAAUCCAGCUGCCUCGCAAAGCAACGUGAUUUGUGCAGACCAGAGUUGGGUGUAAUGCGUUACAAACUUUUUGCAGUAACGAGUAACCUAACGCGUUAGUUUGCUGUUUGAGUAAUCAAAUACUUAAGUACAUUUCA